UGCACGUGUCGCUCAGCGUCAAGCUCAGCUGCGUACGUUGAUGAAGACGAACUGGCUCGGGCACGAACAACUCUGCCUGCGAAGGUUACUGACUGCCGGCCAGAAAGCCAAGACAACACUGUUCUCGUACGUUUACAACAUGACUACGGACAUGGACACCCUGUAUGCGAUGAAAGUCUGCUUUCAGAAGGAAUCUCAGUUCCCAGCAGUCCGAGUCGGAGAGGUGGCGGCGAUCGGCGAAGCAAGAACGAGUGUAUUGUCAAGUCAAGCGUAUGCGGAUUCACUUGCGCGACUGUCAGGGAAGUCAUCCUCCACCCCUGGCAAUCAAUUGCAAUACGAUAGUCUGGACAGCACUGCUACUGUUUUGAUAGGUCGCAUGGUGCUGGACACGUUCACUCGCGCGCAUACGGAACUUGAUGACAGCCCUCUUGACUUGGACUCAAACCAUUGCUUAGCCGGACUCAUCCGCGCUAUGCCUCUCGCCCAUGGAAGCAAAGCCUGCAUGACUUUGUUUCAGCAUCUACGUGAUGACCAACUGUCCAUGGCCCAACGAAGAGCCACACUGGACGUUGUACAAAAUAUAUAUGUACCAGUCGACUUCCUCGCGGAGGACAGGAUGUACCGGCAGAAUUUCAGGAUGCAGGAGGCGAGAACAUACGACUGUGCGCCGCAAACCGAGCUAUAUCGCCUGAGCGACGUUCAAGCAUAGACUGGGAGUGCAUACAGACUGUACUCACGACGGUCUACGCACACGAUGACCCUGUAUCCACCAUCCAAAUCAUGACAACCGUCCUGGCCAUAUGCAUGUUGUCCGUCAGAAACGAGCACACAUUGCCAGCCGAGCCGUACAGGGGAGCUUACCUGGCCGACAUGCUCCACCGAUUCGACGAGCACUUGGCUACCCUCCGCCGCAAGGAGCUGAAGGACGCUGUGCAACACCUCUCUCCCGCGGCCGUAUGCAGACUCGAUUGGGUGUUGAAUCGCAUG